AGGCCUUUGUCAGCAGAGUAAUGUCUCUGCUUUUCAACACACUGUCUAGGUUUGUCAUAGCUUUCCUGCCAAGAAGCAAUCAUCUUUCCGAUUUCAUGGCUGCAGUCACUGUCCAGUUCAGUACAAUGCAGUUUAGUUCAGUCACCUGAAUGGAACUGUAUAAAAGGAGUCUGUUACUCAGACUUUAUUCAGACCUAGCUCUUAGGAGGGCAGUGACUGCUGGGCCAGAAGCCUGGACUCCAGGGGCCCUAUAUUUCAGACUGAAUCCACUUCCCUGGAACCUGACCCCUGCAAAACAAACAAAAUCCUUGGGACUUCCCUUUCUGCAUCCUGUUCUCUCUUGUCCUUCAGAUGCAUCCUCCACCCCACCCCAUUCCUAGUCCUCAGGUGAGAUUUUAGAGGAGCACGGGACUGCUGCAUUCCCCUCACUUUGGAUGUUAAUCAACCCCUCCUCCACUGCAUGGGAGGGAACAAAGGAAGCCAUUUUGGAGAGGACUUCAAAGAAGUCAGAGGAAAGCCAUGUUGCCCUUGACCCUCUGUGAGUCUCCUCUGUCUGUAAAUUCAAUACCAUGGGACUCCCUGAGGGUGACAAAGGGUGGUGUCUGAAUGACAGCCAGGCCCCAGAAGUACAAGGAUGGUGUUACCUUGCUUGAAUGAUCCCUUGGCUCCACCUCUCCUGCCUCCCAUGGACACUCGUAGCAGCCAUUUACUCUCUCCCCUUGCUUCAUGCAAGAGUUGCUUAGUGAGCUUCUUUAUCAGCUAGAUAUUGCUAUCUAACAAAACCACCUCAAAACUUAGUAGCUUAAAACAAUAACCAAUUCUGUGAGUUGGCAGAUUAGGUUGAACUCAGCUGCUGGUUUGAUUGGUUUCAACUCACCUCACUUAUACAUUUGCAGUCAACUGUUGGCCACUGCUUUUGGGGUUGGCUGGCUUUUGGGUAGGGAGAUGGGGAGAGUGGGCUCUGUGUCUCUCAUUUCUCUAAGAGGUUAGCCCAGGCCUGUUCACAAACAGCUGGGGAGGGUUCUAAGAGAGCAGAACCCAGAUUAGAGUGAAACAAGGGAGGCACUUACCUUGAGCACAAAAAAAGGAAUCAAGAUAAAUAAUAUUUUAAUGUAAUAUUCUGUACAGAUCAAAAUUAGUACAAAGUCCACGAUGAGCAAAACAACAAAAUUUUAAGACAGGGUCAGUUACCAUACCAAGGCUUUUAGGAAACUGAAACAAACAAACAAAAAAUCUGUAGUUGUGUUCUUGAGACAAGUACCUUACUUCGUCCUUCUGCAGGAAGGAAGAAGCUUGCCAGGCUUCUUGAGAGUCCAUGACAGGCACGUUUUACUUCCAUAACAUUCUGUUGGUCCAAGCAAGUCAUAGGAUUCCAGGGGUGGGGAGGUAAACUCCACCUUUACUCCAGGGAGGAGCAGCAAAAUCACAUUUCAGAAGAUGUGAAGAAUUGGAAAAUGUUUGCAAUCACUUGCUGGCAGCAGAGUUGCAGCCUCAAGGCUCAGGCCUUGCUUUCACUCUGCCAGUUAAAGGCGCUGAAUGAGAGUGUUUGCUAAAGCCCCCUCCUAGGUUCUCUGUGGGAUUCUGAUUCAUAGAGAUGACAGAGCAACGACACACAGAGGUUAGUGCCAUUAAAAGUUUUUAUUGCUUACAGUUCCCUCAAGAAGGGGGGCACCCACUGAGCUGAGUCAGAUAGGGAAGCACCCAGUUUGUAAAGAAAGACUCAGGAACUGCCAGAUUGGAAGAAACUAAGGCAACACUGACCACUAAGUGCAUCAUGGGAUUAUGGAUGGGAUCUUGAAACAGACAAAGGACAUAAGUGGGAAGACUGGGGAAAUGCAAAGGGAUUUACAGUUAAGUGUCUUGUACCAACGUUAAUUUCCUUGUUUUAAUAAUUGUACUAUGGUCAGGUAAGAUGGUGAUGUUAGGGGAAACUGGGUGAAGGAUAUAAAGGGAGCACUAGCAUUUUUGCAGUGUUGUAACUUUUCUGUAAGUCUAAAUAUCAGCUAAUAAAAAGUUAAAAAUAUAAAAGGAGAAGAAUUAUAUUGUUUCAUAAACUUAAUAGUUUAGUAUGGGAGAGACAAGGUCAAGUGGCUCCCAGAUCUAUCUGAAGGUGCUGCCUGGGUGGGGACUCAGUGAGGGCGGGAAUCAUUCCCAAUGCAAAGGCUCCUCCCACCAGAGGAAUAGUCAGCAUAGACACCUAGGUUUCCAUCACUGCGACCCAGGGGUGCUGGGAAGGAGGCACCUGUCUGACAGGGACUCUGUCUGCAGUCGUCUGCUCCUGUUUGCUGCCCAGCAUGGCCAGCUGCUUGGUAACCGCACUGCUGUUGCUACUGCUUCUAGGAUCGCGGAGCUCUGUAGCACCGAAUCCAUGCGUGGACGCGGCCGACGCGUGCACCGCCGACGAGCGGUGCCAUCGGCUGCGCACCGCGUACGUGGCGCAGUGCUUGGGUCGCGCCGCGCCGGGGGGCUGCCCCCGCGCCCGCUGCCGCCGCGCCCUGCGCCACUUCUUCGCCCGCGGGCCGCCCGCGCUUACCCACGCACUGCUCUUCUGCCCUUGCGGCGGCCCCGCGUGCGCAGAGCGUCGGCGCCAGACCUUCGUGCCCUCCUGCGCUUUCUCAGGGCCUGGCCCAGCGCCACCUUCCUGCCUCGGGCCCUUAGACGCCUGCGAGCACAGCCGGAUCUGCAGGCCCCGCCUCCUGACCUUCCAGGCCUCCUGCGCGACCACAGCCAGCAGCCCUGACGGCUGCCUCCAAGGCCAGGCCCCCAGCUGCCUGCGCGCCUACGCCGGCCUCGUGGGCACAGCCAUCACGCCCAACUACGUGGACAACGCAAGCGCGCGCGUGGAACCCUGGUGCGACUGCAGAGCCAGCGGAAAUCGGCGUGAGGAGUGCGAAGUCUUCCGGGGGCUCUUUACGAGGAACCGCUGCUUGGAGAGUGCCAUACAGACCUUUGACGGUGGGUGGGCCCCAAUCCUACGUAACCAACUGGACUCCCACCAGGACCCUGAGCAGAGUCUCCUGCAGGUGUCUACUGCAGAUGCACCCCUGGAGGGGAGCUCCCUGCUCUCCAUGCUUCUUGUUCUGGCUCUCCAGUCCCUGUUCUGACUUGGACAGCAGACCUUGGACAACUGUCCCACCCUGCCUGGGAUAUUGGGCCUCAUUAGUGGCCUGCUGCCCCACUGAAAAGGGACUGGCUUGUCUGCUAAGCUGGCCUACUGCUCUUGCUCUACUGCUCUUUGCAGAUCUGGACACUUUUUAUCAUGCUCUAAGGCAUACAUCUGAACAGACUUGUAAAAAUUCCCUCUGGUACUGCAGCAUUUUAUGGCAUCCUCCUAGUUAGGCACCACCCAUCAUGAUAAACACUUGCACCCCAUAACUAACAUUGGCAGAUUGCUUCCUGUCCUUGCUGUGCUGCUUGUUGGACACCACCUUGAGUGAGAAUCCAGUUCCCUGCAUUGCACGGGCCAUAUAGCCAUCUUCCCUGUGGUUCAGCCUAGCACUAGGACUGACAUCCAUAACUCAAUAAAUCCAUGUGCACUGCGA